AUGGCAUCUUCAAGUCUCUUUAUCACUGUCUUAAUCUCCUUGGCUCCAAUCUUGCUCCAACCAGGUCUUGCUCAAGGUCCGAGUCCUCCAGCUUCUUGUGCUUCUUUGUUGCUAGCCUUAGCUCCAUGUGGUCCAUUCGUGCAAGGCUUUGUGCAGCUCCCAGCUCAGCCAUGCUGUAGCAGCCUGAACCAGAUUUACAGCCAACAACCGACCUGUCUGUGUCUCUUCCUCAACAACAAUUCUACUUUAUCCUCUGCUUUUCCGAUCAAUCAAACCCUAGCUCUCCAAUUGCCUCAGCUUUGUAGCAUUUCAGCCAAUUCAUCUGUUUGCUCCUCAGGGGCUUCCUCUUUUGCUCCACCAUCUACUAACUCAACCGGUUCUCAAAUCUCUCUGGGUGCAAAGAACCAUUCGGCUGCUGCAGCGACUCCAGUGGCUCAAGUGGCACCAAAUCCCCCAACCAGCAUGAUGGGUUUGGGUUAUGGUCUGAAAUCCUCUGGUCCGAAGUCUAAGAUUCAGCUGACUAUCUUUGUGAUGGUAGCGAGUCUAACUGGAACACUCUUCAUUGUCUGA